UCGGUCGCCUGGGUGUCCUCGCGCUGCUCGUCGCGCGCGGCCUGGCGGUUUGCCUCUUCCUCGUCGUCCUCCCGCCGGCGCCCAUGGCCACCGCCACGACCGAGGAGCCCUUCCCUUUCCACGGUCUCCUGCCGAAGAAAGAGACCGGAGCCGCCUCGUUCCUCUGCCGUUACCCGGAGUAUGACGGGCGGGGAGUGCUCAUCGCCGUGCUGGACACGGGGGUCGACCCCGGGGCCCCCGGCAUGCAGGUUACAACUGAUGGAAAACCAAAAAUCAUUGAUAUCAUUGAUACAACAGGAAGUGGUGACGUGAAUACUGCUACAGAAGUGGAACCAAAAGAUGGUGAAAUUGUUGGUCUUUCAGGAAGAGUGCUUAAGAUACCUACAAGCUGGACAAAUCCUUCAGGCAAAUAUCAUAUUGGCAUAAAAAAUGGCUAUGACUUCUACCCAAAGGCUCUCAAAGAAAGGAUACAGAAAGAACGGAAAGAAAAAAUAUGGGAUCCGGUUCACAGGGUGGCUCUUGCAGAAGCCUGUAGAAAACAGGAAGAAUUUGAUGUCAGCAACAACGGCACUUCCCAAGCAAAUAAACUAAUUAAGGAAGAGCUUCAGAGUCAAGUGGAAUUGCUAAAUUGUUUUGAGAAAAAGUAUAGUGAUCCUGGUCCUGUUUAUGACUGCUUGGUGUGGCAUGAUGGUGAAGCUUGGAGAGCCUGCAUUGAUUCCAAUGAAGAUGGAGAUUUGAGUAAAGCCACAGUUUUGAGAAACUACAAUGUGGCCCAAGAAUAUGGCUCUUUUGGCACAGCUGAAAUGUUGAAUUAUUCUGUUAAUAUUUAUGAUGAGGGAAAUCUGCUCUCCAUUGUGACUAGUGGAGGAGCUCAUGGUACACAUGUAGCCAGUAUAGCAGCUGGACAUUUUCCAGAAGAGCCUGAACGGAAUGGAGUAGCUCCUGGUGCUCAAAUUCUUUCCAUCAAGAUCGGUGAUACACGGCUUAGUACUAUGGAAACAGGCACGGGCCUCAUCAGAGCUAUGAUAGAAGUUAUAAAUCAUAAGUGUGAUCUUGUCAACUACAGCUAUGGAGAAGCAACUCACUGGCCAAAUUCUGGGAGGAUCUGUGAAGUAAUCAAUGAAGCAGUAUGGAAGCACAAUAUCAUCUAUGUUUCUAGUGCUGGAAACAAUGGUCCUUGCCUGUCUACAGUGGGCUGUCCAGGUGGAACCACAUCAAGUGUUAUAGGUGUUGGUGCUUAUGUUUCCCCUGAUAUGAUGGUGGCAGAGUACUCACUACGGGAGAAAUUACCUGCAAAUCAAUAUACAUGGUCUUCAAGAGGUCCAAGUGCUGAUGGGGCCCUUGGUGUGAGCAUCAGUGCACCAGGAGGAGCUAUUGCUUCUGUUCCUAACUGGACAUUGCGGGGGACUCAGCUAAUGAAUGGGACAUCUAUGUCUUCCCCCAAUGCAUGUGGAGGCAUUGCCCUGAUACUUUCAGGUCUGAAAGCUAAUAAUGUUGAAUAUACAGUUCAUUCAGUCAGAAGAGCUCUAGAAAACACUGCAGUAAAGGCUGACAAUAUUGAAGUAUUUGCCCAAGGACAUGGUAUUAUUCAGGUUGAUAAAGCCUAUGACUACCUCGUUCAGAAUACAUCAUUUGCAAAUAGAUUAGGUUUUACUGUGACUGUUGGAAAUAACCGUGGCAUCUACCUCCGAGACCCUGUGCAAGUGGCUGCACCUUCAGAUCAUGGUGUUGGCAUUGAGCCUGCAUUUCCAGAGAACACAGAAAACUCUGAAAAAAUAUCCCUUCAGCUUCAUUUAGCUUUAACUUCAAAUUCAUCCUGGGUUCAGUGUCCAAGCCAUUUGGAACUCAUGAAUCAAUGUAGACACAUAAACAUCCGUGUGGAUCCCAGGGGCUUAAGAGAAGGAUUACAUUAUACAGAGGUCUGUGGCUAUGACAUAGCAUCCCCUAACGCAGGUCCUCUGUUCAGAGUUCCGAUCACUGCAGUUAUAGCAGAAAAAGUGAGCGAGUCAUCACAUUAUGAUGUGGCCUUCACAGAUGUGCAUUUUAAACCUGGUCAGAUUCGAAGGCAUUUUGUUGAGGUUCCUGAGGGUGCAACGUGGGCUGAAGUUACCGUGUGUUCCUGUUCUUCUGAGGUAUCGGCCAAGUUUGUUCUUCAUGCAGUACAGCUUGUGAAGCAAAGAGCCUAUCGAAGCCAUGAAUUCUACAAGUUCUGUUCCCUUCCAGAAAAAGGAACACUGACUGAAGCUUUUCCUGUCUUAGGUGGGAAAGCCAUUGAGUUUUGCAUAGCUCGUUGGUGGGCAAGUCUCAGUGAUGUCAAUAUUGACUAUACCAUUUCUUUCCAUGGCAUAGUGUGUACUGCUCCUCAGUUAAACAUUCAUGCAUCAGAAGGAAUCAAUCGUUUUGAUGUUCAAUCCUCCUUGAAAUAUGAAGAUCUGGCUCCCUGCAUAACUUUGAAGAGCUGGGUCCAGACACUACGCCCAGUAAGUGCAAAAACAAAACCUUUAGGAACAAGAGAUGUCUUGCCAAAUAAUCGUCAACUUUAUGAGAUGGUCCUGACUUACAACUUUCAUCAGCCCAAGAGUGGAGAAGUAACUCCAAGUUGCCCACUUCUUUGUGAAUUGUUAUAUGAAUCAGAAUUUGACAGCCAACUAUGGAUUAUUUUUGACCAGAACAAAAGGCAAAUGGGUUCAGGCGAUGCCUAUCCACAUCAGUAUUCUUUGAAAUUGGAGAAAGGAGAUUAUACAAUUCGACUACAGAUUCGUCAUGAGCAAAUCAGUGAUUUGGAGCGUCUUAAAGAUCUUCCAUUUAUUGUUUCUCAUAGGUUGUCUAAUACCUUGAGCUUAGAUAUUCAUGAAAAUCAUAGCCUUGCACUUCUAGGAAAGAAGAAAGCAAACAAUUUGACAUUGCCACCUAAAUAUAACCAGCCAUUCUUUGUUACUUCCUUACCUGAUGAUAAAGUACCUAAAGGGGCGGGACCUGGAUGCUACCUUGCAGGAUCCUUAACAUUAUCAAAGACUGAACUUGGCAAGAAAGCUGGCCAGUCUGCAGCAAAACGACAAGGAAAAUUUAAAAAGGAUGUAAUCCCUGUUCAUUACUACCUAAUACCUCCACCAACGAAGACUAAGAAUGGCAGCAAAGACAAAGACAAAGACUCAGAAAAAGAGAAAGAUUUGAAAGAAGAGUUUACUGAAGCAUUACGAGAUCUUAAAAUUCAGUGGAUGACAAAGCUGGAUUCUAGUGACAUUUAUAAUGAACUGAAAGAAACAUACCCUUCUUACCUUCCUCUGUACGUCGCACGGCUUCAUCAGUUGGAUGCUGAAAAGGAACGAAUGAAAAGACUGACUGAAAUUGUUGAAGCUGCAAAUGCUGUUAUUUCUCAUAUAGACCAAACAGCCUUAGCGGUUUAUAUUGCAAUGAAGACUGACCCCAGGCCUGAUGCAGCUAUUAUAAAAAAUGAUAUGGACAAGCAGAAGUCCACCCUGGUAGAUGCCCUGUGCCGGAAAGGGUGUGCCCUGGCAGACCAUGUGCUCCACGCUCAAGUUCACGACGGGGCAGGGGCUGGGGAUGCGGAGGCAAAGGAGGAGGACGGCGAGAGCACUUUGGAUUCUCUGUCAGAGACAUUUUGGGAAACUACAAAAUGGACAGAUCUUUUUGACAACAAGGUUUUGACAUUUGCAUACAAACAUGCAUUGGUAAAUAAAAUGUAUGGGAGAGGCCUUAAGUUUGCAACUAAACUUGUGGAAGAAAAACCAACAAAAGAAAACUGGAAGAAUUGUAUUCAACUGAUGAAGUUGCUAGGCUGGACCCACUGCGCAUCUUUCACUGAAAACUGGCUCCCCAUCAUGUAUCCUCCCGACUACUGCGUAUUCUAAACCAACAAGACUUCACAUUUUAAAAGAAAGUUUUAUAGUGAAUGGAUAUAAGAAAUUUGUGGCAUUUUUAGUCUAUUGCAUGUUUUCAUCCACUCUCCAAUGCUGGUCAUUAAAAUGAUGUGUGUUUAUCAGAGAAUUCACUGGCUUGUGGCUUAAUACAUGUAAGUCUAGACCUCUGAUGUCAUGGUGUUUUCAUGACACUUCACCCAGCUGGCGAGGGAGGUGUGGCCUGGCUGCCGGCCCCACUGAGGCAGACUGCAGCUUUUUAAUGUGCAUGAGAGGCUCUCAACGGUUAUCUUUCUUUUAACUGCAAACCUGUAAAUUUUUAUUUUUUAUUUUAUAAAUGAACAGGGUUUUAAAAUGCUCGACUUUGAUUUUUUUCCCAAUUGUAUGAAGGCCUUAAAAAGCUACAUUAAGCGUAGCUAAAAUUAUUUAUUGGACUGAAAAUUAAAACUUCACUUCCAGAUUUUUUUUUUUUUGGCUACUCAUUUGCAUUGUUAAGGGAGAAAAAUAAAACCGGCACAAAUGGUGGUGCUCAACAGAACAUAACUAUUUGCUUCGUCUUGGGAUUGUGGCAGGCAAGUCUUUUACUUUCUCAUCUGAAGUGCACAGCAGAGAAUGAAUCAGUAAUACAUGUAUAAGUGCCAGACAGCUGAACUUUUAUCCGGUAUUGUAAAGAUGCGCACAUGGUAUGUUUAUUAACGUUGAAAUAAUGUAAAACACAUGAAUAAAUGUGCAAAACCAUGGUCCCAAUACACCAUAUGCACUCUGAUACCUUAAUUUUUUUUAUAAAUAAUAAAACUGAAUAUUGAAGCUUU